AUGUCUCAUUGCAAGAAGUACAAUAAGAAUGGCAAGUAUUGUCAUUCUGAUGCUAAAUCAUUGGACAGGUUUCUCAAUGCUCUUUCAGGUGUUACACCAGAAAAAGCCCUUAACUAUUUAAAAACUCACCAUGCAACAGGACAAGAGCUCUAUGCAUUGAUUAAAUUUCUCCAAUUUAAGGACAAUAGUGGAUUUUUAACGACCUUGUGCACAAGAGAGCUUGAUCAUCAUCCAAAUCUUACCGAAAGUGUGUUGGAAAAAACAUGGGACACUUAUUCACCAAUAUAUACAAAUACAGUCUUUACGAAAUUUAAAGCAGCAAAUCAGCCUGAACGUGGUUUGUUAACUGAUGAAGAACUCACAAAAUCAUUCAUGCUCACUAAAACUCUUGAAGAAAGGAAUGAUUUGUUUCGUUCGAUCGAAGAUAAUGUUGUAUCAAUCAUAUCGUAUGAAAAUAAAGGCUAUCCAGACAAUCAUGGAAACCAAAACAUCCUCCCAGAAUCGUUCUAUAUUAUCAUGAUAAAACAAAAAGCAAGGUAUCUUUUACAAUCCGUUUAUUACGUUAAAGACAUUGGAGGCAAUUCUAACAUUAAGAAGUAUUCAAGAGAAGAAAUUUGGAACCCUCGCAACAAGGAUGUUUUCUCCGAUUCAGAAAGAAGAUUAAUAUUUGGAACCACCACAGAUGGCUGCAUUCAAACCACUCCUGCAUUGGAAACUAAAAAUAUUCCUCAAAAUGAAAUUGAUUGGGUUAAUUUAUUAGAAACAUGUAAUUACCCAGAUUUUGACUAA